ACCAUCGAAACAUUGAACUAAACAAGCCAUUUUCACAUGCGUAUUCCUCUACCCGCCGGAGUGCAUAGCCUUGGCAAGACGUUUCAUAACAGUAACUUAGAAUUGAAUUCGUGGAGCCAGCAGUGUUUUUUGUGGGAUUUUAUUUUUCAUUCCUUUGAAAAAACCUCUUUGUUCAGGGUCUUGUCAGCUAGAUUGCUAGCUCGCUAGCUAUCUCUUUGAGCUACCGAAUCCUCAACUAGCAUGUCCGUGAAACCCAGUGAGGAGCCAGGUUCGGAGGCGAGCUGGUUUGGGGAGGAUUUUGAGAAGAUAGAUCGCUUCGGGAGCACGGUACCCCGGUUCAACGAUCGGAGAGAUGAAUUACUGGAAAAAAACUGGGAGGAUGAGACCACCGAACAGAAACAACAAUGCCUCUAUGAACCGGAGAGCAAUCGGCAACGGCCCCUUGUUGCCAUGGAAACUGCAUCUACAGGGGGCAGCUCAUCGUUGUUUGAUACAUUGACUUCAAAAGGCGACUCAAACUUGGACCUGUUAAGGAAAUCCUCAGAUAACGAUGGCGACCUCUACACCUCCCUCCUCUCCAACUCCUUCCAGCAGGACACCUCCUACUUCUCCGGGGACCUGAAGGGAGAGGAGCAGAAGCACACAGCCGGCCCGCAGCAGGACCGGAUACCCAGCCUGGAGUCUCACGGCAUGUUCAGCUCCGACUCGGGCAUCGAGAUGACCCCCGGCGAGUCCAUAGACGUGGCCAAGAACCUGCUGGAGUCGGAAAAGAUGGACGCCUACAACUACAUGGAUAUCAGCCGCGGAGAGGACCCACGCUCCCAGCAGCAGGAGCGUCCGCUGGGAAACUGGGGGGACACGGGCUCGGCCGGGCUGGACUCCCUCAGCAACCCGGGGCAGUACCUGGAGAAGACCCCCCCGGCAGAGACCCUGGGCCCGGCGCUGGACUCGCACGCCUUCCCUUACGUGGAGGACCCGUCGGACGAGGAGCUGUCCGACUACCAGUCCUACCGCGUGCUGGGCACCCCGCAGACCGCCAGCCCCGUCAAGAUCACGCUGACGGAGACCUCCGCCGCCCCCGCGCCCCAGCCCCGCCCUCAGGUCGCCGUCUCCGAGCGCGAGAGCAUCCUCAGCCUGGGCCUGCAGGGUGUUCCCACGGUGACGCUGUCCGAGCCCGAGGACGACAGCCCUGGCUCAGCCACGCCCCCUCUCACCGAGGAAGAGUCGCCCUCUGAUCCCCCGUUCCAGGCCCGUGAAGCCAAGCCUGUGAGUUCGGUCAGCGACCGGGCCCCCACUGGCCCCCUGGUGCAGCGCGGCCCCGCGGAGAGAGCUGACAAGACAGGGUCCCUCAAAACUGGCGCCUCCGCCGCCCACGACCAGGAUGCCAGCAGCGGCGAGUCAGGCGACUCGGAGAUCGAGCUGGUGUCAGAGGAGCCACCAUCCCGCCAGGGCCCUCCCGGCACCGGCUACGCCAGCUUCGGCCAGGUGGGCCCCGCCCACCCCCCGCCGGCCCCGCCCGCUGCCUCCAUCCAGUACAGCAUUCUGCGUGAGGAGAGGGAGGCGGAGCUGGACAGCGAGCUCAUCAUCGAGUCCUGUGACGCCUCCUCGGCCUCCGAGGAGAGCCCCAAGAGGGAGCAGGACUCCCCCGCCCCGAAAGGCCCCAAAUCCGACGCCCCCCUCGCUCCCUUCUCCGCCGCCCCCGCACCCGCCGCCCCCGCCCCCCUGGAGCCCGUGAGAGAGAAGCCGGCCAGCGACAAGAGCAAGAGCUCCAUGAACGCGGACGACGUGGUGUCCGCCAAGCCCAAGCCCCCCGCCGCCGUGGUGCCCCCGGAGGUCAGGGUGGAGCAGCCAGCCCCCGAGGAGAAGGGAGGGAAGAGGAGGCGUGCCAGCGAGGCCAGGAGGGAUUCGGAGAGAGCCCCUUCCGUCCCUGUCUUCCUCAAGGGCUUUGACAGGCAAAAAGCCAUGGACCUGCUGUACUGGCGGGACCUGAAACAGACGGGCAUCGUGUUCGGCAGCGUCCUGCUCCUCCUCUUCUCGCUCACCCAGUUCAGCGUGGUCAGCGUGGUGGCCUACCUCGCCCUCGCCGCCCUCUCCGCCACCAUCAGCUUCAGGAUCUACAAGUCCGUGCUGCAGGCCGUGCAGAAGACCGACGAGGGGCACCCCUUCAAAUCCUAUCUGGAUAUGGAGAUUGCUCUGUCUCAGGACCAGAUCCAGAAGUAUGCAGACAACGCCCAGCUCUACCUGAACAGCACCCUGAAGGAGCUGCGUAGGCUCUUCCUGGUGCAGGAUCUGGUGGAUUCGCUUAAGUUUGCAGUGCUGAUGUGGCUGUUGACGUACGUGGGGGCUCUCUUCAAUGGCCUGACGCUUCUCAUCAUGGCCGUGGUGUCCAUGUUCACUAUGCCUGUGGUCUAUGAGAAAUACCAGGCACAGAUCGACCAGUACCUGGGACUAAUAAGGACCCACGUCAACUCUGUGGUGGGAAAGAUCCAGGCGAAGAUCCCAGGCGCCAAGCGGAAGGCGGAGUAGGCCUGGUCCAGCAGACAGGCCAACGCGCCCUGCACAGGGACAGCUGGAUGACGGUUGGAGGGCCCACACGUUACCGGAGAGUAGUACCAUUUGUCAGCACCGUGGUGUUCCAAAACUAAAACAAAGCCGCGAGCAGUGGAGAAGCCCCCGGCCGAGCUGUCGAUAACCUUAGAGUAAAUGCGCUACAUCACUCACGUCAAGCACUAAAGUCUAGUGAUGAAGGUAAAAGUUUAAAAAUCAAAAAAAAAAAAGGCUAGAUGUGUUUUUGUGUUGCUUAUUAAGUGCAUGAAGUAAAUCUUAAGUAAUAUUUGAUAUCUUUUUAGUGUUUUUUUUUCCUGCUACUUUUUUUUUAAAGCAAUGCUGAUAACUUACUGUGUCGCAAAAAAAGAAAAAAAAAAAAGGCUUCUCCGGCUUUAGUGCCCUGCUGCGAUUAGUUAAAAGUGCUUCAUGUCAAUGGGUUGCUGGUGGGGCUUCUCUUUUCUCCGAGAUUAUAUAUAUAUAUAUAAAUGCUAUAUAUAUAUAAAAUCUGAAACAUCAAAUAGACUUGUGGACUAAUGUUUUUUUGGUGUUUUCCAGCACAAAUAAUUAAACAAUGUACUUACUAGGUAUGAUUACUGUAGCAUUUGGUUUUGUAUAACUAUAAGGAACUACACAAACUCAUGUUUUUAGGUACCGUUGUUGAACUACUAA